AUGUUGCGGGAUGUCACCCGUAUUUUGGGUAUUUACUGGCCAGAAAGCGACUCAACUCAAUCACCAGAAAAGACUAAUGUUAGACAGUCAAUUGUCGUGAGCCCUCAUCGAAAUCAAGGAUCAGAAAUAUCUGGACAUAAGUCACAGUUUCCAAGGGCAAAUGAACUUCUAAACUUAAAAGCUGACGAGGAAAUUAUGAAAAAUAUCUCAUGUACUCCUGAGGAGGCUUCAAGCAUAACUCAUUUAAAAUUUGAAGAAAAUUCAGAUCAUGACGACUUAUCAGAAUGCAGUGUGAUCCAAAUAGGUUCAGGUGCACUCUGGUCAUGUAAUACAACUCAAUAG